UAGAAUAUGCAUUUAUGUGAAAUCAAGUUGUGAUAUAGUGGUGGUGCCUUAUUAUUGGGUCUUCUUUCUUUGGAUACCAUAUAAAGAGAAAUUGGAAGAUGCUGCAAAACCAAACCACCCUCAUACAUUGGAACUAACUAAAGAGUAAAUAGAAACAUGGGAAAAAUGUUGACACUACUUGUGCUCCGACUACUCAUGAAUCUCUUACUUAUCAGUUGGAUUUCUCUCUGGAUCAUAAAACCAACUACUGUGUGGAUACAAUCUUGGCGUCAAGCUGAAGAUACCUUCCAACAUACUUUCUUCGGCUAUUACGGCGUCAGCUUUGCUGUGUUCACAUUCCCUCCUAUUGCUCUUUCUAUAAUUGGACUCAUUUACUUGAGUUUACUGCCGCAACAUCAUCGUCUAACAAGAGGAGGGAGGAGUGCAGCUAUUACUGUCUCAAGGCCAGCCAUUAUCAGUAGCUUCAUUGGGAUUGUGUCUUGUUUCGAGAUCGUUGCUGUUAUUUUGUUCCUAGUUUUUCUAGCUUGGACCUUUUAUGUUCGCGUUAAUAAUGAUCUCAAGAAGCUGAUGCCUGUCAAAACCAUGAAUUUUGACUUAUGGCAGCUUAAGUACUUUAGAGUUGCCACAAGGUUUGGUCUAUUAGCCGAAGCAUGUCUCUCUCUGCUUCUCUUUCCUGUCUUGAGGGGACUCUCGAUGUUCCGGUUACUCAACAUUCAGUUUGCAGCUUCUGUAAAAUAUCAUGUCUGGCUGGGCACCGGUUUAGUCUUCUUUUCUUUGGUUCAUGGUGGAAGCACUCUGUUCAUAUGGGGUAUUAGUCAUAACAUCGAAGAAGAGAUUUGGAAAUGGCAGAGAACGGGUCGAGUAUAUGUGGCUGGAGUGAUCAGUCUUGUAAUAGGAUUACUGAUGUGGAUCACAUCACUUCCUCAAAUUCGUAGGAAAUGUUUUGAAACAUUUUAUUACACACACCAUUUGUAUAUUGUUUUUCUUGUAUCCUUCUUGUUUCAUGCUGGUGAUCGUCACUUCUACUGGAUUCUCCCUGGAGUGUUUCUCUUUGGACUUGACAAGACACUUCGGAUUGUUCAAUCACGAUCCGAAAGCCGCAUUCUUUCUGCUCGUCUCUACUCAUGCAAAGCCGUUGAGCUUGUUUUGCCAAAGGACCCAAGGCUUAACUAUGCUCCCUCGAGUUUUAUAUUCAUGAACAUUCCGUCGAUCUCACAGUUUCAAUGGCAUCCUUUUAGUAUUACAUCGAGCUCUAGUGUAGACAAACACACAAUGUCUGUUAUGAUGAAAUGUGAAGGCAAAUGGACAGAUUCUGUUUACAAGAAAUUAGAAGAAGCUGCAGAUUCGGAUACUAACAACAUUACCAUAAGAGUAGAAGGUCCUUAUGGACCUGUCUCGGUAGAUUUCCUCAGGUAUGAUACUCUUUUCCUUGUGGCGGGGGGAAUAGGGAUUACGCCAUUUCUAAACAUUUUGCAGGAACUGGCUUGCGAAAACCGCCUCAAAACUCCAAAAAGCGUGCAGCUCGUGUUUUCGGUCAGGACAUUCCAAGACAUUAACAUGUUGGUUCCAGUAUCCCCUAUACUCUUUCGCCCGAUCCACAACUUAAAUCUUAGGAUUAAAGUUUUCGUCACUCAAGAAAAAAAGCAUUCCAAUGGACCAACAACACUAAAAGAGUACUUGGCACAGCCACAAGUUCAGACAAUUCACAUUGGAACGGACGAGGACUUUUCAAGAUUCCAAAUUCUUGGACAUGAAAGUUUCAGACGCCUUGCUACUUUAGUUCUUGUAGCUUUGCUGACGUUUCUCGGAUUACUCAUCGGUUUAAGCCAUUUCUUUAUACCGAAUGAGCACAAGAAGCAUUCAAACUCUAUGAAAUUAGCUGCUUCAGGAGCAAUGACGACAGCUAAAGAAAAGGUUCCUUCAUGGGUUCCCGAUUUGGUUAUCAUUGUCGCUUAUGUUAUAGCUAUGACAAUCGGCGGUCUAGCUGCAAUUAUUCUACAAUGGAGACGACAACACAGAGAAACACUAAGAAUGACUAAAGAAGAAGUAAACCCACAGGGAAGAAACUUUACUGAGUCAACACCAAUUGUUCCUAUGGAGGAACAUGGGAUACAUAUCGGAGAAAGACCAAAAUUCAAAGAGAUAUUGUCGGAGUUUGAGACGAGUUUGAGAGGAUUGUCAAGUAUAGGAGUGUUGGUAUGUGGACCGGAGUCAAUGAAAGAGGCUGUGGCGUCGAUAUGUCGCCAAAGGUUUCAGUGUUUUGGAGUAGAUGAUUCAAGAACAAUUCUCAACAAGGUGAAUCUCAAUUUUCAUUCUCUUAAUUUCAGUCUCUAAUUUGAAAUAAUAUCUAAAGUUUGUAUCGUUAGUUUCUGGUUCUCAGUGCUUACAGUUUUAUUAUUUUGUGGUUUGUAUCUUUACUUUUGUGUCUGAAGUUUGAUCUUCAAGUUAUUUUGUUGUUUUUUUUUUAAUUUCAUAUCCAACUUUGUUAAGUAUAAAGUACUACUAGAGAUUGAUCUGCA